AUGCCAAUCAAGAAGUCAAUACUCAGCAGCUCUCGCACAGAGCCCUACUAUGCGCCGUGCAACCAGGAGCUCUCGGGCACCAAGUGUAAGGUAAUACAACUCAAGAACCUUAAAUGUCGCGGCACGCUCAUCAAGCACAAGACGCCAGUGCCUCCAAUUUUGGUCUUCAACAGCCUCAACUUCGAGAACAACCCGCUGAUGGACGUGCACGACUCGGCCAACUUGCGCGUCCAGCUCGUGCUCUCCCAUGAUACAUGCUAUCUUCCGGGCAUCUUCACGCAGCAGGAGUCUCUCGCAACGACCACUGCGUCUGCGCGCUCAUCGGCAGACGAUGAGAUGCUCCUCCAAUCCAAGUCCGUAUUUGCGGGGUACGUGCACAUCACCGUCAAGGGGCAAUCGGGCGUGCUGUUCCAGGACUUGAAGGUGCAGCUAAGCGGCUACUCCUCGGAGUUUGUGUGCCUCACGCAGUUUGGCGAGAAGGUGGUGCGCCUGUUAAAAGACCUUACCUCUGACAGCUGCAGCCACUUGCGACCCAUGAUCCAGGACACAAUACACUUCAAGCCGAAAUUGACACUUCUCUCGCCAGGCACGUAUACCUACCCGUUCAACUUCGUGCUAGAUCCAUACCACUUCCAUGCCUCGAUCGGCACCCACCUCGGGUCCACGCAAUACCGCAUGGAGCUUACCUGCACGAUCAUGCGCCAGAAGGCCCAGUACGAAACCAUAUUCCUCUCGCGCCCGUUCGCGGUUAAGAAAACUCUUCCACCAGGGAACCUUCUCCGCUAUGACUGCGUGGAGAGCCAGGGCACCUGGCGCGACGGCUUACUUGACUACAAGAUAUAUCUAUCCACCAAGCUGCUCGAGUUCGACCAGCCCUUCCAGUUCCACUUGCACUUGGUCAAGGGCGAGGCGCACCAAAUAGAGGUCCAGACGAUAGAGGUCAUAUUGGAGCAGAACAUGCUGAUCCCCUGCGUCAAGAAAAAGGACCUCCACAAGCCCGUGGCCAAGGCCAAGUCCUACAUGGCCACCAACAUGUUCCUCUUGGCCAAGCACUCGGUCACCAGCAAACACGACAUACAGCACAUUCUCCAGUUCCCAGACCUCCUGGUCUCGUCCAGCAAGCAGAGCAUCGUCAUGGGCAAGUCGCUCCACCCGUACUACUGCGAGAUGAGCGACACCUUCGGCGCCGACCGCUGCAAGUUGAAGAUCACCCACGUUCUCAAGGCGCAGGUCAGCCUCCGCCUCCACGACGGCGGCAAGGUCACCAACAUGCUUAUCUGCUUGAAGCUCCCUGUCUUGCUCGUCGACAAGGACAUGAGCAGCGGCCUCCACCUCCCGCCCUACCGGGAGUCCUGCAGCGCCUCCGCCAAGGACACCCUUAGCACGCUCUGCCCCACAAUGUCCGACGACAGCCGCCUCUGCAGCAGCCCCCCCACCUACGCCGAGCUCUUCGACUCUGCCUACCCGCCCGCCGAGUCCUCUAGCUAG